UUUUGGCGCGUUACUGCAGCCGCUCCUUCCGGAAGUUCCGUGUCGUCCGUUGGAGAUAUUAAUAUUAUCAUGGCGUCGGUGACUUUUCGCGACUGUUUUCUCUGCGUUUCUGCUUUAAUUACCUUCGUUUCCGUGUUCGUGACCGGUGCGGACUUUGUUCGCUUCGUGUCGUUUCGUGCCAUCUAUCAUAACCUGAGCGGAGCCGCGCCUCUGUGUCGAGACUCUGUGCCCUGGUCCGUGGCUCUGCGGGACGGGGUGGUCCUGAAGGCGGUAGCUGUGGAUGUGUUCCUUCUGGUCCUCUUCAGUCUCCAGCACAGUCUGCUGGCCUGGACUCCAGUAAAGCAAGUCUGUCAGAAUGUGUUUGGGGUUUUAUUCAGAUCCGUGUACUGCUUCACCACCGCCGCAGCACUGCAGAUAUUGAUGCACUACUGGCAGCCGGUCACCAGCGCCCCCUGCCUGUGGUCAGUGCGCACUGCACCCUGGGACAUCUGGUUCCCACUCAUCUGUUUUAUCUUACACUUCCUGUGCUGGGCCAUAAUCUGCAGCAUCCUGCUCAUCUUUGAUUAUCCCGAACUACUGGGCAUCAAACAGGUGUAUUAUGAGUGUCUGGGUCUGGGUGACCCUCUCCUGCUGAAGUCAGAACGAGCGCAGCGGCUCUACGCUCACCUCAGGCAUCCCGUCUGUGUGGAGCUGCUCACGGUGCUCUGGCUCCUCCCCACAUUCCCGCUGGACCGACUCCUGCUGGCCGUGUACCUGUCCGCUUACCUGAUCCUCGCUCACUCGCUGGACGCCCAGGACUGCGCUUACCUGCGCCGGCAGCUCCGCAGCAAACUGCAGCUCUUCUCUGCACCACUAGAGGGCAGCGAUCAGAGCAACAACACGCAUAAGACAGACUGAAGACAGUCGUGGUCAAAAAAUAGUGUAAUGCUGCCUUCAGAUUAUUACCUAGAAAAUAAUUUUCAUAUUUCUUUUCACUCAAAAAGUCAGGAAGAUUUACCACUAGUGCAACCGAAUGAACAGCAAAUGUAGUGAGUAACUGAGGCUUUAUCUGUGCAUUUUAUCAUUCUUGUGCUGCUACAGGGAAUGAUGGGAAAUGUAGUUUUGUUACACAAGCCUCUUGCCUCAAAACCAACUAUAUUGUAGUCCUUCAACAGUACACAAAUGCACGCAAACUAAAUUGUGCUGUUAACAGUUAAAGCUGUUAACAACAAAAAUGCUUGCACCUUGAUGCUUUAAUUGUCCUGCCUAUUUUUGACUUUGGGUGGCGUAAAUAUGGUCAUAUUGAUGUGAUUUGAAGGCAGCAUUACAAUUAAAGCUAUGUUUGGAAUGAAAUACUAGAAUACUGCAUAAUAUACACUAUAAACUGUCCAAAAUAUAUUUUUUUAAGUACUUGAAACGUUAUUUGCAUGCAUCAAUUGCAAAAUUUCAAAUGUAACAAAUGCAGCACAUUGCAUUUCUUAUCAUUACCAUGCAUUUUUAAUAAGUUUGUGUAUUUUUGAGCAAUAUGACAGUAUGCCACUCCAAAAUCCGCCAGUAUUUGAAGUCUUCAUCCUUUGUUCAUUUUUUCUAUCUGCAGUGUUUACUUUAACUUUCAACAAAUUAGCAUUUACAAAUGAAUAGUUACAUAGAAAGCUAAGUUAGUUGGGGGAAAAAGAUGACAGAUUGGAUGAAGUUAUUUUGGUCAUUUGUUUCUGCUUUUUAUAAAGACUUUUGUACUACCACAGUUUUGCCUCUUACUGCAUGUUUUUAUAUAAUACUUUUAUUUUUUGCAAAUACUUUAGCAUCGCACAACCAAGAAGUGAGCAGGUGAUGGGAUAAAUACUGCGUUAUGUACUGAGCUCCUGUGUUUUUCAUGUUUAAGUGUCAUACUACUACAAAACAUGCCUUUUAUUUUAUGCAAAUGUUUAAUGCUUGAAGUGUGUUUACAUAAUGACCUCAGAGUUUGGUACAGAAUGUAUUUUUAUAUGGUCAAUAAACUUGAAAUUACUUUUGUAGAAGUACAUGAAAAACUGCACUGUUGUUAGAGCUAAAAACCAUUAUUAAACUUUGUUUAUUGACUUUUAUUGGCUUUUUUCCGUACCAUGAUGUGUGUUUUAUAAGGUUAUCAUAUUUGCUAAAUAAUGCUGAAUAAAAAAAAAAAUGCAAGAAAUUA